AUGAAGCUGUUGGUCCUGUCUGUGCUGGUCCUCUUUGCCUCCGUCCACUGUGAGGAGGGGGCCAGGCUCCUGGCCUCCAAGGCUCUGCUGAACAGAUACGCUGUGGAAGGCCGGGACCUCACUUUGCAGUACAACAUCUACAACGUGGGUUCCAGUGCAGCCUUAGAAGUGGAGCUGUCGGAUGAUUCGUUUCCUCCAGAAGACUUUGGGAUUGUCUCCGGCAUGCUCAAUGUCAAAUGGGACAGGAUUGCACC